GUCGGUAUAGCCCCCUAUUUCUUUAACACUUAAUUUUUUCUUUCUAAUUUCAGCCUGCCCUACUUUCCCUUCCCACCGCGCACCCCCAAUUUCCCUCCCGUAUUCCCGAGCUUCCCUCCCCAAUUUUUGACCUACCCUCCCAGCAAAUCUACAAAAUUUGUAAUUGAUUUUGCUAAAACUCAAAACCCAUUCGAACCCAGCUGCAAAAUUCGUUUCCUCCACUCUAAUCCAUCAACGACAGAGGAUUGCUCGCAACCGACUGCAGGCCCGCUUGCUCUCUCCUGUUCGUCAUCCAUGGAGGUUUCCAACGGAGGAGAGGCAGUGGCAUGUUACUUGGCUAAGUGAAAAGGAGGCUUCUGUUGAGGAUCUGGUGGCAAAGAGGCAGUGGCAUUACUGAGAGAAGAAGAAGGUUGAAGAAUUUGCUCCAAAAAUUCAAUAGGGUUAAAACCCAAGGUUAUACUAAGGCAGAAAAGAGAAGAAAAUGGUUAGGGUCAUGUUGCAGUUGAAGAAAAUUGAGAACAAAGCAUACAAACACAUAACCUUUGCCAAAAGGAGAAGUGGCCUUGUCAAGAAAGCAUAUCAACUUUCAACUCUAUGUGAUGUGGAGGUUGCUCUAAUCAUUUGUUCCCUGGCCAGAAAUCUCACUCUUUUUGAGGAAAGAAAAGGGUAGAAGAGGUUCUGUCACAUUUUAUCCAAAUCUCUGCAAAGAAGCACUAAUGGUAUGUGAAUUUUGAUAAAAUGGAUUAUGUUAAUUGGAAAUUUAAACUUGUUCCUCCCUAAUUUUCAAGCUUCCCUCUCUGGUAGACCUAAAUGUUUCCGCCCCUCUCCCAAAUCUCCAAAAUUCAUUCGAACCCAUUUGAACUCAAAAACCCAAAAUUCAAAAACCCAUUCGACCGCAACCCCGCUUGCUUUCUCCACUCCGUCAAUGACAGAGGGUUUCUCGCAGCUACCCGGAGCCUCGCUUGUUCUCUCCUCUCCGUCAAUGACAGAGGGUUUCUCGCAGCGAACCGCAGCCCCGCUUGCUCUCUCCUCUCCGUCAACGACAGAGGGUUUCUUGCAGCCGACCGCAGCCCCACUUGCUGUCUCUUCUCCAUCAACGACAGAGGGUUUCAAUGGUAUCUCUUGGAGUUGCUAACAGAGAGUCACAAGCUUAGUCCUUUUAUGCUUGUGUCCCACAUACCCAUUGAUUGUUGAAUCAGGGUGAGUUUCAAAUUAGCAAUCCCAUUUUUCUUAAAGAAGAAGUUGUCCAAAUCAGUGUUUGUUUGUUAUUUAUAUGUUAUGUCAUUGCAAUAAAUCAAUAACAAAUGACUGCUGAAGGUUUCUCAUUUCUCAGGUAACAAAUCAUAUGUUAUAAUUUUCAAUGACAUAACAUAUGACUGUUGUAGGGUUCAAGGUUUCUCAUUGCAAUGAAUCAGGAGGUUAUGGGUGAAAGGAGUUGAUUAAUUUUUAGGUUUUCAAAGUCUUGAACAUUGUACUGGAAUGUGGAAGGUUUUUUUUUUUUUUUUUGAGCUUUGAUGUUCUGCAUGAUCAUCAAUUUAGGUUUUUUCCAGAGUUUAAUUUACCAAUUGUUAAAUCUGGAUCAAUAUUUGGGAUAUGUUAGAUUACUUUAACCAGGAUUUGUAAUGGUAAACUAAUACGUUUCUGAUCCAUACUUUCUGUGGCUAUCCUUGUAGAUUUUCUCUUACAAAGAGUAUAUUUUCUGUUCUUUCUUUUUUAUAUCUUUUGCAGAACAUUCAAGACAUGAGAAAUUGCUAUGAUAGCUUGCUUUCUGCUGCUGCUGUGACAGCAAACUGUGCAUAUGGUAUAAAUAAUAUGCUUCAUG